ACUCAUCUUAAAAACAAAUAGUGCACAUUUCUAUAUUCAAAGGUGGCGGUUCAACCGUUCGUACAGUGUUUCCGAUGCUUUCGUUUGGGUCAUACCGAGCAAGGGCAUAAUCAGAGCAAUGGCAUAAAAAAGUGCUUUAAGUGCGGAGGUGGAAUGCACCAGGAUAUAGUGUACCAACUCCAAAUGCGAACAUGGCCAGAAAAAAACCAUAUACUAUGUUACGGCCUGCUGAUUUUGAUGGGGCAAGGCUGGCUAGCCAGUCAUCAACAGGGCGGAUUCUUCCCCUGUGCCCACAGGUCGCACCAUAAAUUCCACUCGGCAUGGAAUCCACAAAAACAACAAAAGAAACAUCAACAGAAACUACAAGUGAAGGACUAAUACCGGACGACACGACGCAGAUUUGGGUCUUCGAUGGAAAGGACCCUGACGCACCCAUCCCUACCAAGGAUCCGUCUAUUUCCAAUUUGAGGAUCUCCCAGGCAUGUGGUUCAUCGGCUUCCUCCAGGCUUCCAUCGCCCUGGGCCAAAGCAAAUACGAUACAAAAAAAAAAAAAAAAGGGACGACUAAAGAGCUGGAGAGGACAACAAAGACGCGAAACUACUGCACGGAAUUCCUGCCUACAUGGAGCUCCAAGGAGGAUCAGGGGCUGAGACGGGUCAGGUGGUUAUUUAUGAAAGGUCCAUACCCCUACACAGGAUCGGCCUGGUCUUCUCGGAGGUCGUAUCUCAAGAUUUAGAUUUAAUUUUGCUUGGACUCGGCGCGAUUUAAUUAUACAUAAGCUAUUGGUUAUUUAUAUCAUAUUUAUAAUUUUUUUAUCAUCGUUUACGUGUUUUAGGUUUUAUCGUCUUUCAAAUAAAUAUUUGUGUGUUUGUUUAUGGCAUGCUAAACGCCACUAAAAUAAAUAAAUAAAUAAUUACA